AUGACCACUGUUCUCAAAACGUCCUUUGGAUGGGCAAAAUCUGGAGUCACCCCGGGAGGAGGGGGCAUACCAGGUUCCGAGCCUGACAUCUGGAUGGACCCUGAGGAAGAAAUCCAAGCUCGACAUCAAGGUCUGUUAUCUGCAUCAGAAGUCCUGCUCAUGCUCACUCCCCUGAAUGCGCAUAUCGUGCAUGACGAAGCCUUCUGUGCCAACUUUUCUGACACCGGCAUAGGUGCUCCCUGCCGUCGAGAAGAGAUCAACACGGAUACAGCCUUGUUCCAACCUUGUUCCAAAAUUUUCGUAAUCUUUUUGUCCACUGCUUCCGUCUCUUGA